AAGAAAACAAAAAAGCCCAAACUCAAAAUAGAUCAAAUACCGAACACAAAUAAAUCCCUUCUACAAACCCUCAAAAAAGUGCUUCAACCGAACAAGAAUUUGAGCUUCAUUUCAGUGAUGUUGUUAUCUAUGAAUCUAUGAUUACAGAGAGAAGCAGAGAAGAAGAAAUAACAGAGAAUCAACGACCUCACAUAUUGUGACUUUGGCUUGGCAGUACCAGUCUAUGAAGCAGUGCUAGUCUGCUUGGAUGUCUCAUUGGACGCAAACUAGUUGCAGGAAAGAAAAUGAAGCUCCAAAGCGAUUAGGUGAUGAUUCUGGGGAAGUCAGUCAUGGUAGAAAACAUCAUCAGUCACUUAGUGGGCCGGAGAUGGAGACAUGUAGUUCUAAACUUGUCGGGGGGCUUGGAGAAUUAAUUGAGGGGAAAGGGAUCGACUUCAUGAAAGAAAACCGUACUAUGAGUUCAAAAAAACUGAGGAAUGAAGUGUUUGAGGGCCAGUCUUCUUUUCCGGUGUUCAAACCUUCUCAAGAUAGGGAUAGUGUUUUAUCUCUGAAGAAUGGUGUUUCUCUUGGUAGAACUGCGGAUUAUUUAUCCUUAAUGCCCGGACAGGCUCCUCCUGAGGUAGAAAUUCAGAGAAGAAAACCCCAGUUUCAGACAGAAGAUAUCAACUUGGCUCCAGAGAAGCAGGUGAAGUCUAAUAGUUUGCUAGAAAGGAGUAGCAGAGUCGUUUCGACACCUAUUCAGGAUGAUUUUGUAAGGUCGACUGCAGUUACUGUGCCGUGUGAGUUUGAAGGCAGAAGGGCUCCAAUUCAGUCCUUUUUCUAUGGGCUUGAUCACAUUAAUGAACCAGGCUGUGCGUCUUUGGUUCAUAAGAAGAAAAUGAAUAAAAAUGAUGGUCUUCUCUUUUGUGAUCCCUCAACAAGCAAUAAUCAGCUAAGAGAUUUUUUCGGUAAGUCAUUUCAGACGGUGCCAAAUCAUUCUGAUUUUGAAUUGUUUUCUAGCCAGAUCAGUCCCAGAGAUAAUAUCAAAUUAGAAAAAUUGUAUCAUGGAUCUUAUGCACUACCAAGUCUUCCCUCUGUUCAUGAUGUGGGGACUAUGAGAAUGCGUGCUACAAUAGACUCCACAGAAGAAUUUUCUAGAGGUCCUCCGAAGUUUACCCAGACUACUCACCGCUUUUUCAUCACAAAAAAGACUGACGUAAACUUACCUGAUGGUGCCCAGAUGUUUAGAGAGUCAGCAACAUCCACUGAAUUUAAGGGGAAAAUGGUGACUGAACUCCUUGCUUUAUCUCCGGAUUUUGGCUUCCAUGUCAAGCAAGGAGAGCAGAUGCAACCUCUGGGAAGCUCCACAGAGAGUGAAGGAAAAGAAAACACUGGGAAUGUCAAGGCUUCUGCAGUUGUUAAAGAGAAUGAUUCAUCAGCUGAUGGAAUAGAAAACACUGAGAAUGUCAAGACUUCUGCAGUCGAUGAAGAGAAUGAUUCAUCAGCUGAUGGAAUAGAAAACACUGAGAAUGUCAAGACUUCUGCAGUCGAUGAAGAGAAUGAUUUAUCAGCUGAAACUGAUGCCAUGGAUAUUCACGCUUUCUGUGAGAAUCAUAUAUCUGGUGUGGCAUCGUUGCAAUCACAUAAGGACAUCAGCGAGGGCCAAAAGUCACCAGCUUCUCAAGCUGGAGUGCCUCCAGUCAGACAAGAAACCAAGGGCAGACAGAUGAACACCGAAUUACCUGAUAUUAAGCAAGAACUUCCUGUACUUCCAGGCGUGGCAAGGUCACCAGAUGACAUGGAGACAAGCACCUCAAGAACCCAGAGUUUGGAUGUGGAAUGCUUCCUUCCCCAUCCUGAGCAUUCUACAAAUUCAAAAUCCAGUGAUUGCCAUAACGCUCCAUCGAGAUUGGACCCAUACAGCAGAUGGGUUAAACGUCUCAAACCAAGUGCUUCAGAUUCUUUUGGUUAUGGUACUAAAAGUUCAAAAGUUGAAGAAGCAUCAUCCCGUCGGAAAUUUAAUAAGUUGAUCAGCAAAAUGCCAAGACAUAGGAAAAGUAUUUCAGAACCAAAGAAAAGCAAGUCUUGUGGUAAAGAGCAGGCGGUGACAGAUCAGACUGCAGAGUCACCUAGGAACGCUAAAUCCUAUUCCACUUACUCGGCAAGGAAAAGUCAAGAAAUAACACUCUCUCAUGCUUGGGUUCAGAGGUGGUGUCAUAAGCCAUCUGCAUCUCCAAAAAAGAAGCCCAAGGCUGUGGUAGUUUCUGAGCCAGAAUGUUCAGUGGCAACACUAGACUUGCAGAAGAAGCAGUUUGCUAGCAUUGCUGCUAUGGCUCUGAUGGGGAAGGCCAUGAAUGGUUUUCGUCCAUGUGAAUUCAGAAAACGGGGGUCUUCUGUCAUCUGGAAUACCAGGGGAUUCAGAGAUGAGCUUUCCUGAGAAAAUGCUACGAUUGAAGAGCAAGAUAGGCAGCCACAGGAUGUGCCGGUUAUCCUAGCAGUUGACAUUAGUGCAACAAGUUGAAAUCUUUAUCCAUCAAUCCUCCAUCAGAUCAGUAGACUGGAGAUGGAAUCUGUAGAGCCUGAAUGUUGCUUUGUUAUGUAUCCUGCCUGAAUUUGUUUAUAUUUCCUGCUUUCCACCUAUGAUCAGAUAAGGCAUUGUGGAUGGAUCUUACGUGAGAUUUGGAAGAGGCCUUGUUUCAUCAAUGUAGCCAUUUAGGUUGAGAAAGGGGCAACCAGCCUCUGCUGCUUCACAUUGCAAAUCUUAAAGAACUUGGCCACAUUCAAGCAUGUCACCUAUUGAUCCUCCAUAUGCACUGUAAGCAAACUGGAGUAAUGCUGUAAUACCUGGAAUCAGAAACUAAAAAUAAAAGAUUUAAAGAAUGGAAGGGAUUGUGCUUCGUCAAAUGUAGAUGCCUAAUAAUCGUCUAUCCAUGUACAGUUUGAAUGCAGAAAUAUAUCAGCAGACCUCACAUCAGCUUUGGUUUUCA